GUUUCUUCUGAUUUGAAGGCACCAUGAACAACACAGCAAACCUGACCUCUCAUCAAGAUUUGUGGCGCAAUGUGACGGCUGCAAACACCACCUGGGUUUACCGUCCUGCUGUGAACUCGGCUAUUAGCAAUGCCACUUCAGUAGUGGUUAUAAUCAUAGUCUUCAUCACCAUGAUUUCACUUGGAUGCACCACGGAGGUGUCUAAGAUCAAGUAUCACCUCAUGAAACCUAAGGGGCUGGCUAUUGCAGUUGUGGCCCAGUAUGUGAUCAUGCCUCUUACAGCCUUUUGCUUGGCUAAGGGGUUCCAGUUCAGUGAUAUAACAGCUGUGGUUGUUCUGGUCUGUGGCUGCUGUCCUGGAGGAACUCUCUCCAACACAAUGACUCUGGCUCUAAAGGGGGACAUGAACCUCAGCAUCGUGAUGACUUCCUGCUCCACAUUGUUGACUAUGGGUAUGAUGCCUCUCCUGCUCUACCUCUACUGCCAGGGUUUCCCCAGCGUGCGGAACGCUGUCCCGUAUGUUCAAAUCAUCUUAUCGUUGGUCUUGAUCCUUGUGCCGUGUGGCAUCGGCAUCCUCAUCAACACCUACAGGCCGCAGUAUUCGAAGAGGAUCACAAAGGUAGGCAUCAUUAUAAUGCUGAUUUUUACUGUGGAGACCUUGAUCUUAACCGCUAUUGGAAUCGGACGCUACGUCCUGACUGUGCUGUCUCCUUCACUCUUGGCCAUCGCUGGUCUCAUGCCUUUGAUAGGCUACUGCUUUGGAUAUAUCUUUUCUGCAAUCUUCAGACUCAGCCACAGGGAGGGAAGGACCGUUUCCAUGGAAACAGGUUGUCAGAAUGCCCCGCUGUGCACCACCAUAUUGAAGGUAGCCUUCCCUGACGAAGUGGUGGGUCCUCUGUAUCUAUUCCCGACAGUCUACUUGGUGUUUCAGUUGUUGGAGGCAGCGAUGAUCAUCAUGCUGUUUUGGUGCUACCAAAGGUUCAGGAGAAAAGAGAAAGGUUAUGGAGACCAGUCUUGA